AAACCAGGCUACUUGUUAUUACUGAUCACGGCAAUUUGUAAAUCAUAGCAUGCUGCAAAAUUCGUUAAAAUUAAUUUGUUAGGGUCAUUAUUUGUUAAGGCUCAUGCCUCAUCUGAACAACUUUGAUUCAAUGCAUUCUAUUUUAAAAUAUGAAAAAUUAAUUGAUAGUAAUGUCGUUAACUAAUACGGUUUCUAUUUUUAUUCCAUCCGAUGCUUUAAAUAAAAUUUCUAAAAGAUGUUGGGUUUUCGGAUACGUUUCUUCUUCAUCAAAUAGUACAUUAAUAAAUUGUGCUAUUUUCUUAGAAACCGAAAAUACGGACGAUAUUAAGAAAAUUGUUGAAAAAUUAGUGAUACAAUCCCCUACUUUUAGUUUUCUGGGUGUAUUAUACAAUGCAAGAAAAAGAAAGGACUUCAAAUUUGAUGACUUAAAAGUUUUCAGCCAACAAGUGUCCUUUAUUCUACGUAUUAAUGAGAGUUCCAAUUCAUUAUAUUUAGAAAAUAUUUUUAUAAAAUCAUCUGAUGCUAGACAUAGUAUAUUAAAUCAAAUAAUAUUGUAUGAUAAUUAUGAAUUUAUUAAGUCACAAAUGUUUCCACAUAAGCAUCUUUCAUUGCCUGAAGAUGGGGAAAAUAAUUUUGUUUCAUUUUUGUCCAGGACUCUGAAAGACAAUUGUUUGUAUUCUAAAGAUCUUUCAGAAUUUUCUAAACAUAUUAUCUUUGAUUGUACUGAAUCUUCUCCUAACUAUUAUCAAUCCAAAUUAUUCAUUUAUCUUGCUAUUUUGCUGUCUUCUUUAUUUGGAAUUAUUUCCAAGUGCCUAACAUUUUUCCCCUUUUUACCAUAUAGAUUUUAUGAAGUUUUCUUGAAAAUCCUUACUUCAACUUCAGUUGGCUGUCAGCUUCAUCAAAGACACCUGCAUUUUGGAAAAAUUAUCAAAGAGUUCAAAAGUAAACAAAUUAUUAGCUUAGAAGUAAAAAAUCUUAUAUCAGCUGUUGUCUUUGAUUUACUUACUGGAUGGCUUAUCACUUUCACUUUUUUACAUUCAAAUGUGCCUUUGCUGUUUUUUGACUUAUCUUUAGAGCAAACUAAUAAUCUAGUCAGCAAUUUGCAGAAACUGAUACAUUGGCUUAUGGGUGUACCAGCUGGUUUAAAACUGAAUAUUCCUCUAAAUAGCGCUCUUGGACACUUUUUUCUGUAUCAUAUUUAUUUAUGGGAAGCAUAUAUGGCUGUUGUACUGCCAGUAUUUACUUUUAUCUUAAAGUCAUCAGUUGUUAUUGGAAUUCUUGGAGUGACUUCUAUAUUAUGUCUAUUAAGCGAUCUUAUAGCACUAGCUACUAUUCACAUUUAUUGUUUUUAUGGUUAUGCUGCAAGGCUCUAUGGGUACCAAAUAAUAGCUUUAUCAUCUUUGUGGAGACUUUUUCGGGGUAAGAAAUGGAAUCCUUUAAGAGAAAGAGUGGAUUCAUAUACCUACGAUAUACACCAACUGUUCCUAGGCACCCUUAUUUUCACUGUUUUGUUAUUUCUACUGCCUACAGUGAUGAUCUAUUAUGUAGUUUUUACUUGUUUAAGAAUCAUGGUGCUUGCAAUUCAGAGAAUCAUAUUGAAAAUAAUCCAGGCAAUCAAUGUUAAUCCAUUAUAUUGUAUCAUUUCUAUGCUGCUUAGAUCAUCUGAGGUGGCUGGUGAUGUUUAUUUUUCUGUUUUAAGUACUCAAGGAACUUUAACAUUUUCCAUGGAAGUAACACAAGUUUCUUUCAAGACUGUGAUAAAGGAAACAUUACCCAAAUUAGACAACACAGAAGAAUAUUUGACAUGGAAAGAAUUUUUAUCUAGCCUUUUGGUUGGCAAGAUUAUUUACCCACUUUAGAUACGGGUGUAAAGGAAUUUCAUAUUGUCAGCUGAAAUAAAAGUAUUUAUUUUUCAUAA